UUCAAGUUCGCAGGAACGUCACGUCCGCACUUGAACUUGCAGCUCAGGGGGGCUCCGCCGUACCCCCAUCACUCUGUCUUUGCGAAAAAGUCAUGAAGAGCUCCGCACAGCUCGUAGUAGCGCUCUCCGCCUCACCCUCUGUAUGAUCUGCAGUUCAUUUUUCUGUUUUUUUUCCUUUCCCCCCUCUUUUUUUCUCCUCCUAUUUGGAUGUCAGACGCAUCAAUGAAGAUAUUUCAUUUGGAGUCUACCUUGUAGGAAAGGAUUUCCCAAUGUGAACUCAGCUGAAAAGCCGCCACUAAACCAACAUGUCUCGCCGCAAGCAAGGCAAACCCCAGCACUUGAGCAAACGGGAGUUUUCGCCUGAGCCUCUGUCAGGUGUUUUACCAGAAGAAGACUCUCAGGACUCCCCCAGGCUGGGAGUGGGCCAGGGCGAUCCCCUAAAAGGGGACCAGGACCUGCUGACCUGCGGCCAGUGUCACUCCCGCUUCCCCCUGGCUGACAUCCUGCUAUUCAUUGAACACAAACGGAGGCAGUGCCACGGGAGCCUCUGUAUGGACAAACCUCUGGACAGGCCACCGUCCUCCCCGCUUGCCUCACCCCUCUCCACAUCCUCCUCGCACUCGCGGACCCACCACCAUCAGCACCCACAGAGGGCAUGUCACCCCGUGGAGGUGGCUGUUCAGGUGUCGCCGCAUGAUGAGGAUUGUUUAUCAGCACCCUUGCAAGGAAUAAUCCCCAAGCUGGAGAACAUCACAGAUAAAGAUGAGCCCAGCAGUUACACCUGCACCACGUGCAAGCAGCCCUUCACCAGUGCCUGGUUCCUGCUCCAGCAUGCCCAGAACACCCACGGCUUCCGCAUCUAUCUGGAGAGCGAGCCUGGCAGCCCCCUCACCCCCCGUGUUGCUGCAGCUCCCGGGAUGGGGGGUGACUGUGCCUCCUCCCAGCCUCCCCUCCACGCUGUCCACUUAGCCGAUGGCAGUCCUUACAGCCUCCUGAGGAUGCCAGGCUCUGGGUCUGGCCGGGAUUCGGCGUCCACGCCUCGUGAGGGUCGUUACCCGCGGACCCCGCCACUGUUCAGCCCACCACCACGCCACCACCUCAGCCCUGACGACCUGGCUCUGGCAACCCACCAUCCCAGCGCCUUUGACAGGGUGAUGAGGCUCAACUCAGUGCCACUAGAACCCCCUCCGACUAUGGACUUCUCUAGACGUCUACGUGAGUUGGCUGGGAACGCCACCGGGGCUUCCCCGCCUCUCUCCCCUAACAGGCCCAACCCUAUGCAACGGCUGCUGCAGCCAUUCCAGCCAGGUUCUAAGCCUCCAUUUUCAGCCACACCUCCCCUCUCCACCUCUCAGUCACCCUCUGGCUCACGUUCCACCCCCAAUGCUGUAUCAAGCGCGAUCCAGCCGGGCACACCUCUCAAGGCAAAAUCUUGCGAGUUCUGCGGGAAGACCUUCAAGUUCCAGAGCAACCUAAUUGUUCACCGGCGUAGCCACACGGGGGAAAAGCCAUUCAAGUGUCACCUCUGUAACCACGCCUGCACCCAGGCCAGCAAACUGAAACGACACAUGAAGACACACUGUCAGAGCAAGUCGUUGGUGCUUAAUGCCAAGUCAGAUGACGGCCUCUCGACUGCCAGCUCUCCCGAACCUGGUACCAGUGAGCUGAUGGGCAGUGCUACAGAUGCCCUCAAGUCAGUGGUGGCCAAGUUCAAGAGCGAGAACAAUGGCCUGAUGCCUGAAAAUGGAGAAGAGGAGGAGGAAGAGGAGGAGGAAGAGGAAGAAGAGGAAGAGGAAGAGGAAGAAGAGGAGGAGGAAGAAGAAGAGGAGGAGGAGGAAAUUGAGAGUAAGCCUGGAGUGGGAGAAGAGGAGGGAAGGAAUGACUACCGUUUCAGCCUGCGGCUAGAAGGGGCCCGCCACCACCAGAACAGUGAGGCCCUGCACCCACGCCGCCGCAGCUCAUCCCGGGAGCCUGGCGAUGAGGACUCGGCCAUGGAGUCUGAUCGGGCAGAUGAUGGAACCACCACUACCAUCAACGGCCUGGGACCUCUGUCCACCGAGAGCCUGUCCCGGAAGCUGCUGGGCGGAGGGGUCAGCCCAGGCUCCCUCAGUCCCCUGUCCAAGCGCAUCAAGGUGGAGAAGGACCUCGACCCCCCAACGCCAACCAUCCCAAACACAGAGAACGUCUACUCCCAAUGGCUAGCCGGCUACGCCGCCUCACGACAACUCAAGGACCCCUUCAUCAACUUUACAGGUGGGGACUCCAGACAAUCGCCCUUUGCCUCCUCAUCUGAGCACUCGUCAGAGAACGGCAGCCUGCGCUUCUCCACUCCGCCCGGGGAGCUGGAUGGGGAACGGGCCGCCUCAGGACGCAGUGGCACCGGCAGCGGGGCCAGCACCCCCCACGGCGGCAGCGGGAACGGCAGGCCGAGCUCCAAGGACGGCCGCCGCAGUGACACUUGUGAGUUUUGUGGCAAGGUGUUCAAGAACUGCAGCAACUUGACAGUGCACCGACGCAGCCACACGGGAGAGAGGCCCUACAAGUGUGAGCUGUGCAGCUAUGCGUGCGCCCAGAGCUCAAAGCUCACCCGCCACAUGAAGACCCAUGGACAGAUGGGCAAGGACGUGUACAAAUGUGAAAUAUGCCACAUGCCUUUCAGUGUAUACAGCACUCUGGAGAAACACAUGAAGAAGUGGCACAGUGACCGCCCUCUGGCUAAUGACAUUAAGACUGAGUAGGCAAAGAGCAGCAUGCUGGCAGCUCUCUCUCUCAGCUCCUCUGGCUAAAAAGCGACCCUGGCUAACUAGCCGAUAAGUGAGGGGAAAGGACAACAGGGUUAGACACCAGUACACAGUACAGCCCUGUUAAAAUCCCCGACUGGAAAAAGCUGAAUGCAUGAUCCAUCAUUGGGGCAAUACUAUUGCAUCAAACGCAAAACUUUUUGAGCCUUUCUAUUGUGCAAUAAUUUCCACGUUUUGUAUUUUUUGUAACUGGACAGCAUGCUCAGUGUGUUUUGGCUACUUAGAGAGAAAAUUGUCCUCGGCUGGUGGGUUUGGUUGUACAUGUGUUGCUGUUGAUACUUUUGAUUUCUUCAAUAUAAAAAAAACGUUAGUUAUGAGAACCCAUGCUGCAUACAGUACAUACUGUUUUACAUAUCAUGUACAGUUUUGUGUUCAAACAUAGUGAACAGUGUCAUAUUAUCAAAACAUCAAGACAAGCAGGGUCACACUUAAAACUGAUCUUUGUGAAAGAUUUUCCAUGCAAGAUUGAGAUAAGAGAUAUAUAUAUGUAAAAAAUUGGGCUGCCUAUGAAAUGCUAGGCACGAGCGCCAUUAAAUAUUUCUUUUACAAACAGCAAUGAAAUUAACAAUAUGGUGUGAAAUGACAACAAAGAGUGCCUUGGAUAUUUUACCUGCAUUAGUUAAUCCUCCUUUUUGCUAUAAGCUCGGAGUUUCAGCUAUGGAAGAUUACAGGACAUUUUUGUGCACAUACAGAAUAAGCAGGUACUUGCAUCAAGCACCUGCACGACCCUGUCGUUUUGUGACUUAGCAGAGCAUAAGGAACCAGCUGAAACAAAAACAUAAAAAGAAAAAAAAAAGAUUAUGUGUAUCUCUGGUAAAUCAUUUAUCUGCCUGACUCAUGUAUAUUGUUAUUCUCCAGAUUAUGAUUCUGUUUACUGGCAUGUUACAUGCUAAAAAAAGUAGUAGGAGUUUGGUGUGUAGAGUUUUUGGUUUAGGUGUUUAUUAUUUUCUGGUACAUGUGUACCAUACUGAGAGGGUACUCUGACGAGUCGUUUAAACCAACGUCAAGCUCUUAAUUUUCCAGAGUGUUUAUUUUCUUUGAAAAUUAAAGGUUUGCAGGUUUUUUUUUUUGUAAGUAGCACAGAAUUAUGUUUCUUCAGUGUCAGCCAGGCAGGCAGUGUAGCCAGCAGCCACUUGAAGACCACAGAGUGGGUUGUAGUUGUUCUAAGCCAGACAGAUUUUUUUGGGUGAGGGUGAGGGUGGGGGUUUUGGUUGGGUGUUAUGAGGGUAAGGGUGGGUGGAGGGUCAGAAUAGCGGGGUGGGGAGUGGGUUGACCAGGUGUCUCUACAAUUCAAAUGUUUAUGUCCUUAUAGCGCUUAUUCUCUUUACCGCAUUAGAUCUUAGAAACCCUUAAGUAAUCUGAAAACUUUUUUUUAUUAACUCACAUUGGAAAUUAUCUUAAAUGGAAGUCCAAAUCAAAAGUAAAGAACCUGAAUUUAGUUAAAAAAAAACAAACUUUUUUUAAAAAAACAAAAUACCCCUUCACACACAUUUUGUGUUCUUUUAAGUUACCAUGCUCUAGACCUCAUUGUGGUAGUUGUAUCUUUAUCUCCACCCCCCCUGUCGUUGUUGAUGAUAUAGCACUUGUCACUCUGCCUUGGAUUCUGUAUCUGUCUCUCUAAUCGGAGGUACAGUGGUUGAGUAUAAAAUGAGGACCAGAUUUCAGAUCUGGGACUACCUACGUGCACUGUUCAAUUUUCCCAGUUUACAGUUGGACACUCAAGGGAAAACUUGCUCUUAUGCUGACAGAUUAGUGUGGUGUCAUUUGCUUUGCGUUAAAAAACAAAAAAGAAAAAAAAGAGAAAAGGAGAAAAAAAGAGUUGAAAUAGAAACUGUCGCCAGCCAUGUCUCCUCCUGAGAACUGAACAUCAGUUUGGCUCUUGGGGUAUUAUCAAUGCAGGAACUGCCAUAAAAACAUCCUGCUUCAUACCAACUAUAGAAAUAUACUGCUCAUUACAGAAACAUAAAAAUUCUACAAAUUUGAUUUAAAAAGAUAAGUAAAUUGUGUUGUUGAUUUUUUAAAAGUAACACGAUAUCUUUAGGGGAGAACCUUAUUUAAUUUUUUUUUUUUUUUUUUUUAUUGUUUAUUAUUGUUUCUCUUUUCUGUCUUGGUGACAUCCGGCACUUGAUCACUAUGUAAUGAAUUGUGAUGAACAUGUCUCUCAUCUUUUUUGCCUUUACUAUACACAAGUCUUCAGGUUGAACAAAAAUUUGCAUUGGGGAGAGAUUUAUGAUAUAUAAAUAUAUAGAGAGAACUUAAAACACAUAGGAAAAUGCACACUCAUGUAAGUUCCUAUGUUCAAAACACAUUUAUGGUCUACUUUUUUCCUGUAUUUAGAAUGGUAUUUGAAAUUAAUGUUCACUUAGUGUAGGCACUUAUAGUAUUUAUGUUGGAGCCUGUAUUUUUAACUGUUUUGCCUGUACUCUUUAAAGGUUUCAAUGUACCCUUUUUUUCUGUAGUGAAAAAAAAAUCCCAACAAGCUGCCACCGUAUAUUUUCUUAAUUUGGCAGGAUAAUAUAGUGUGAAUAAUUUGUAUGCUUGAAAAUAAGUAUGUUUUUGAAAAAUAAAAUGUUGUGGUGUUCCCCAAGGGUGAGAGGUCAUAUGAUGGCCUUUUCAGGCAGUCCCGCUGGAGUGACCACAAUGAGGUAAAAACAGGUGGUUGUACAUAUCUUUUUAGUUUGUUUUAUAUAUUUUUCUCUCCUGCCAUUUUAUAUGCAGUAAUACAAGCUAUUGUUGGGUUUUCUCGGUAGCCAACUUUUUACUGUCCUUGAACAUGUACCACCUGAUAACAUUCCAGCUGUUUUUGAAAAAGACCUUUUGUCAUAUGCAAUCAAUCCAACAUCAAUCUGAAAAGCAUUUUUUUUUUGUUUUUUUUUUGCUGCAGGUUUUUUUUUUUCUAUUUUGAAUUUUGUUUUGUCAUUGCCAAAAGAACCAUGGUGCUUUAUAAUUUAAAUAUGGUACAUGUCAUAUGCAAGGCAUAUUCUAAAUAUAACUGAAAUCAUAGAAAGAAAAAAAGUUUGGUACAUGUUAUCAUUGCUGAAGGUACUGAGGUACAUUUAAGUUUUCAGCCUGAUUUCAUCCUGUGUUCUGUAUUUACUCUCAAGCUAUUUGUUCUGAACUGAACUUGAAGUUGACCUGCGGCAUUGGUCGACAUUAUUUAUUAUGACUAUACACACACACACACGCUCUGUUCAGAACAGAGUCACUGCAAAACAGAUCAGUUCAUUUUUCUCCCUCCUGAUGAAUUGUGAUGGCUUAAUUUCUCUGUUUGAUGACCAAAGGUCAUUGACCAACAUUUAUGAGUUCUGGCUCAACUUACAGAUUUUGUUGUUGUUAUUUUUCAGUUAUGGAGAUGCCACUCUAUUUUCAGCUGUUGUCUGCAUUAUUCUCUUCACUCAGCCAUUUUGUCUUGAAAAAAAUAAAAAGUAUUACAUACA